UCCCAUAAUGGCGGCUGCGAGGCUACGCACCGGGCUCCGACGCAAUAGCCUUCUGCCCUUGUUCGAAACCUGCCGCCUUCGAGAUCUCCACUUCUUCUCCUCCUCUGCCGGCUCUGCCGCCGCCGUAGGCGGCACCAUAUCUCCAGAUCCCCACUUCAUGGUGGAAUACCUCGUGAACUCCUGCGGGUUCUCCCCCUCCGAGGCAGCCAUGUUCUCUAAACCCCUCGCGCACCUCCGAUCCACCGAGAAACCCGACUCCGUCCUUAACUUCAUGAGAUCUCAGGGCUUCGAUGGCGCCGCUAUUAGGAAGGUGAUAUCUAUGAAACCCAAUUACCUAUGCUUCAACGUGGAGACGAACCUCGCCCCGAAGUUUCAGUUCUUACGCUAUUUGGGCCUAUCGGAGUCGGAUAUCGUCGAUGUCAUCCUGAUGAACCAUGCCAUCCUCCUCCUCAACGUUCACCGUUCCUUCGGCCCCAAAUUGGAGAUAUGGGAAAGUCUCUUGGGAUCGAGAGAGCUCGUUCUCAAGCAUCUCAGGAAGACAGGACGGUUUUUCUUCUCCAGCGUUGAGAAGACAUUGCAUCCUAACCUAAAGUUCUUGAGGGAUGAGUGCGGCAUUCCUGAAGAAAGGCUCUCUCUCGUCUUGAGAAGUCACCCACAAUUAAUCUUACAGAAACCAGAGUCACUCCGAGCUUUGGUGGCGAGAGCCGAUGAGCUGGGGACGCCACGGCUAUCUCGGAUGUUCGUGUGGACACUUGUUGUUCUCCAAAUGUUAAGCAAAGAAACGUUCGAGGCCAAGGCCGAGCUCAUGAGGAGCUUCGGGUGGUCGGAGUCGGAGUUUUCUUCCGUAGUCAGGAAAGUACCCACCUUCUUAUGCAUGUCCCUCGAUAUGAUGCGCAGAAAAAUGGAAUUUUUUAUCAAUGUAGUCGGGUACACCCCUUCCUUCAUCGCCUCCCAACCAACUAUCUUGCUAUAUAGUCUGCAGAAGAGGGUCAUUCCUCGGUUUCAUGUGACGGAGAUGUUGAAAUCGAAAGGAUUGUGGACUGGACAAGGCAAGUUUACAACGAUUAUCGUAUUCUCAGAUACCAAAUUCAUGGAGAAGUUUGUUCUCCCUCACAAAGAAAAUGUUCCUGAGCUGCUUGAUAUUUUGAGAGCUGCUGGCACCUGUAAAGGCAAUGAUACCUUUCAUUUGGCAUCGGAGGAUGAGAAAGGGCUUAGCUGAUGGUCUAAUUUGCCAACGACGAAGGUUGUAUGGACUUUUCUCUGAGCAUCAAAACUUGAGUAUGCUCUCCUGAAAUGUCUUCAGCCUCCUUUGGAAUUGCUAAUCCGCCCUUUCCCGCAUCAACAAACUCUUACAUGCCUCCUUAGGCUUCUGCUCAUCCGCCCUUUGUGAUUCGAGCAGCAGAUCUCUUCAUUCUUGGAGUUCAUUGUUGGAUUCGGUGGAUGCAACUUCUCAUCCACCCUUUGUAUCAUGGCUGAAGCUUCUGUUCUACCUGAAAGCCUUCGGAAGGCUAAGAGAAUUGCGAUGAUUCGCUGGUUCCUUAAGAAUAUUUUGGAUGACAUCUCAUCUCUCUGUUCAAGUCUUUAUGUUGUCGAUGUGGUCUAUGUUUCCUGGCGUCAUGAAUGACGUGGCUCGUCAGCUAGUCAAUUUUGGGGGAAUUGUAAAUUCUCUUCUGUUUUUUUUCCUCUUCUAAUGAUGGAUAAGUGUUGCUUAAUCCACUUUAACCUUUAAUGAAAUUUCUCCUUUUUUUCAUUAA